AUGCCCAACAACCGUGAAGCAGCAGCAGCAGCUGCUGCUGCUGCAGCUGCUGCUGCUGCUGCUGCUGCUGCUGCUGCUGCAGAUGAGGAAGACAAGCAGCAGCAGACAAGCACCGCGGAUGGAGCUGCUACAGAGGCAGCAGCUGCAGCAGGUGGUGCAGCAGCUGCUGCUGCUGCUGCAGACGAGGCAGCAGCAGCAGCAGAUGAAGCAGCAGCAGCAGCAGACGCGGCAGCAGCAGCAGCAGAUGAGGCAGCAGCAGCAGCACGACCACGUGUAUCAGACGAUGCAGCAGCAGCAGCAGCAGCAGCACCAGCAGCAGCAGCAACUGAAACAGCAGCCGCAUCAACAGCUGCUAGCGAAGCAGCAAGGGCAGCAGAUGCAGCAGCAGCAGCAGCAGCAGCAGAUGCAGCAGCAGCAGCAGCAGCAGAAGCAGCAGCAACAGCAGCGGAUGAUGACGAUGCAGCAGCAGCAGCAGCAGAUGAUGAGACAGCAGCAGAAGGUAGCCAUACCCAACUCUCUGAAGCUGAUGAAACCCCACGAGACCCCAGCAGCAGCAGCAGCAGCAGCAGCAGCAGCAGCAGCAGCACAGGGUACAGUUUGUACGCUAGCCGCUUAAGCUGUGGCGAAGACAGCAGCAGCAGCAGCAGCAGCAGCAGAAACGUCGACAGCAGCAGCAGCAGCAGAGCAGGGAUCGUCCCCUCAACACGAGCAGCAGCAGCAGCAGCAGCAGCUGCAGCAGCAGGUGCAGCAGCAGCAGCAGCAGCAGCAACAUAG